AUGCCUAGACACUCCAACUUUUACGAUGAUGAAGACCUCGAUGAUGAGUAUGAAUAUGAUGAGGAUGAAAAUGGACAAAAUGAAUCUGAUGAUCCAGUUCAUCAGCUUGCGGAUUUUAUAAUUCACGGAAUUGAUGCUGAAUCAUCACAAUAUAUUCUUUCAAUUUUCCCAUUGAUUAAGAAACCAGAAGGUGAACCAUUCCUAGUUGAUAUUUUGGAAAGAUGUGAUGGAGAUUUUGAAGCUUGCAUUAAUGAAAUUUAUGAAAUGGCUCAAAAAGAAGAGGAGAGAAAGAAAAAGUCAGCAGUCAAUAUUGUUGUAAAAUCAAAUAAUUCUAAAACUACUGGAAAUAAGAAUAACUCAAAUAAGGCUGCCAAUACAACUAAAGCCACACAACAACAACCUGCUGCCACAUCUUCCAAUUCUCAAAAGAAGAAUGACAAUAAGAAACAAUCAAGCAAAAAGAAGGAUAAUAGGAAUAAUAUCAUUCUAGUUUCAGAAUUGGAUAAUUUUACCGAGAUUUCUGGCACUCCAACACCAACAAGUGAAGUUUCUGAAAAUAUCUUUACUGGUAUGUUUAAUUUCAUUUUGAUCGUGUGA